AUGGCACCAUCACCUGCGAAGAAGAUUCCAGACAUGUUUUUUCGUGCUCUUAAGAGGAAAGGAGACGUAGCUACACUUGCUACUACAGAUACACAGUGUGAAAAGAGAACGAAAACAGAAGAAAACGAGACGCAAAAAGAAAAUGCCACUGUCAGUACAGGUUUCUGUUUGUACAGUCUUUUGACGGACAAGCACUGGCGUAGCAUUCUGAAAGAAGAAUUUAACAAGAAGUACAUGCACGAAAUCGAAUCAUUUCUCCGCAGUCAGUAUGCUCGGAAGGUUCCCGUUUUCCCCCCAAGUGAAGAAAUUUUCUCUGCUUUCAAUCUCACAUCGGCUCAUGGGCUCUCGUUUUCUGUGAAGAAGGGUGUACCUCCGCCCCCUUCCUUGAAAAACAUCUAUAAGGAGCUAAGCAAUGAUAUUCCGGGAUUUCUCAUUCCUAAUCAUGGGUUCUUGGAAAAGUGGGCCACCCAGGGAGUCUUUAUGCUCAAUGCCACAUUGACAGUCGAGUCUGGAAAAGCGAAUUCACAUGAAAAGAUUGGCUGGCAAAAGUUUACGGACAAAGUAAUCUGCCUGAUUUCCUCAAUGACCGAAGGAGUCGUAUUUCUUUUAUGGGGUGGAUUUGCUCACAAGAAGGAAGGCCUCAUUGAUAGGAAGAAACACGCUGUAAUCAAGACCGCUCAUCCUUCUCCGCUGAGUGCUAGUAAAUGGUUCGGAUGCAGGUGCUUCUCGAGAGCUAACGUCGAAUUGGUCCGAAUGGGCCGCGAACCUAUUGACUGGACUUCCUUGACGUUCUUUCUUUGA